UGCAAUCCUCUGCUGCCGUGUUACAAAAGUUUUGCAGGCAGUGCAGUAGGCCGUUUCUCAACAUGCACUGUCUUCCUGUUGGUGUAGACUACAUGUAGCCUGUCUCAUUUUUUUCAUUGGUGAAAUAACGACAUUUCUGAAUCAGCUGCUCAAAAACAAUCAAAGAAAUAAAAUGGAUAAAACUAGCAGGGCAGUAUAACUGUUUAUGGUUGAGGUCCAAUCACAAAUGAAGCAGAGGACAGUUGACCAAUCCCCUUUCCCUGAACUUUGUGUUCAAAGAGUAAACAGAGUGGGCUGAAAGUUGAACUUGUGCGCGUGCACGUGUCCGUGUGCUUGAGUGUGUGUAGGCGUGACUCCCCCUGUAGCCUAUAAAACCUCUCCAAGAGUGCACAGAGAUAUAGAGAACACAUAGUGAGUUUGUGUUGUUUAGGUUUAUUUUUUCCUGAAGACAACAGCUAAAAGAGUAGGAAACUUCUCCAGGUCGGACAACCAUGAUGUUUCCCUGCAGCGCUCUUUCGCCUCCUCUCUACCCGGGCUUACUGCGUCCCCCUGCGGCUCUCUCCUCGCCCCUGACCCGGUCACUCCCUUCAGGCUUCCUAGUAGAAGAUCUCCUUCGAUUAAGCCAGCCUGUCAGCUUCGUACAUCGGACUUUCUCUUCCAGAAGUCCCGGGGACCUUCUCCCGCUCAGCCCCGGGCCGGGCGCCUCUCCCCGGGCGUUGGGACCCAGCACAGAGCUGUCUGUGCUUCAGAGCUCCAGCCAGCCGAACCGCAGUAGCCCCGGCUCUCCGCAGGCUGCCUGCCCGGACUCCGGCUACCUCAAGUUCGGCGUCAGUGCGAUACUGGCACCAUCUACACGGAGCGUACAGAGUCUUCAGACUAAGUACUUCCCUUUGCCUUUCUUUGAUGGAAGCCUCCAUCCUUUCAUCAGAGCUUCCUACUUCACAGCCUCCUCCACUGUGAUUCCUGUCCCGGGAACGUUUUCAUGGCCCCUGGCCCAGAGAGGGAAGCCCAGGAGGGGCAUGCUGCGGCGGGCUGUGUUCUCAGACCUCCAGAGGAAGGCCCUGGAGAGAACUUUCCAGAGGCAGAAAUACAUAAGCAAACCAGACAGGAAGAAACUUGCCAGUAAACUGGGACUUAAAGACUCCCAGGUGAAGAUCUGGUUUCAGAACCGCAGGAUGAAAUGGAGGAACUCCAAGGAGAGGGAGCUACUGUCGACAGGCGGCUGUCGCCAGCAGACCCUUCCCACCAAAACCAACCCCCACCCAGACCUCACUGAUGUAGGCAGCACCUACUGCCACAGGCUGGACAGGACUGCACCCACCAGCCAAGUACAGCUGAACAGCCAGGAGUCACAUCUUCUUCACCACCACCACCAUCAUCAUCAUCAUCAUCAUCACAAUCCUUCCUCUCCGUCACAGUCCAGCAAACAGUCAGAGCACUCAAAGUCAGACAUUGAAGAAAUCACAGUUUCAUAAGACCUUGCUACAAGAUUCAGACAUCUGAGUUGUAAAGGAUGCCAGGAGAAAAAAAGAGUUAUCAAAGAAACUGGUGAAUGGAAAAAAAUACCAGAAAUGUUUGAAUUUGUUCUGUACAUAGCUGUAUUUUCUCAGGCUUUCAGUGCCAUAUUUCUGUACAGUGUUGUUUAUAUUACUUUUAUAUGCAGUUCAGUAUAUCUUUAUACAGUAAAUAAGGUAUACUGAGCUAUUUUAGAUAUUUGUAGAUUUAAAUGUUUAAAUAUACAAAUUGUUCUUUCCAUACAUAUUUGUAUUCUUUAUAUUUUCUCAAAUAAAUAUUGAAAAGUC